CCCUUGUGGGGAAGGAAGGGGUGAGUGGAGUGUCUUGUCCGUCCAAACCUGCGCACUGCGUUGAGCUGCUUUGUUUUCCCGUGAUGCUCUGCAGCAAACAGCUGUACUGUCCGAGUGAAGCACAUCGUGCAAUGGACUUAUCUGAUGUUUUAGCAACAUUUUAAAGGUGGACACUGCUGUACAGGUGUCUACCACCAAAUCCUCUUAUCACUGAUGUUCUCAGUUUGACAAAUCUCCUUCGGGAGAAUAGGGUGGGCAAAAUGUUGUACAUUUUCCAUGUUGACACGGGAUCAAUGAUGACCUUUGAGAUGAACUUGGCUCUAGAGAGUGUCGCUCAUCUCAAAGAAGUCAUUGAAAGAGCCUGCCGCAUUCCUCCAGAGAAACAAGUUCUCCUUGUAAGUGGUGGCCUAAGUUUAGAGCCAACUGCAAGAGUAUGUUCCUAUUCUGCUGGAACAGAUACAAACCCUAUCUUCCUCUUCAGUAAAUGCUCGAUUGAGAGUGUCAGCCCACCCUCUCCCAGCAUAGACUAUGGAUCAGAUAUGGAUCUUAAGGAACAGGUUGAUGCUUCACUCAGCAUGCCAGCUUCAUACAACACUGUGGUUGUGAGGUCUCAACUGGCUCAACAAUAUUGUGAGCUAGCAAGGGACCAGACACGUAUUUGUGAGCGACUUGUUCAUGACCAACAUUUGCAACAGCAGGGUUGGGCAGCAGUUGUGGCAAAUUUGGAAGAUAGUGUAUCAGUCUUUCGUACUCAGGGUGAUGCUUUCGAACAAAGCUAUCAGCAACAUUUGGAAUCACGAAGUCAAUAUAUGCAGCUCUUGGAAAAUUUUAAUGAAGUUCUUAACACACUCUCCAAAAUUCCAAUCUUGCCUGGCCUACUGGCUACUGCAGUAGAAAGUAUGCAAGCAGGUGAUUCAAAGUCUAAAGAUGUAGAUAUUGCUGAAGAACUGCCCCAAGCUGAGAAUAUCUCCUCUAGCAUGUCAGCAGCAGCAACCAGUGAUGAAAAUGAAUCAAUGGCAGUAUCUAAGAAAAGCAAUAGCAGCAAUGGUGAGGAUUGGCAAAGACAAAGAGAGGAGAAGGCUGUGACUCUUCUCCAGUGGAUAUCAACCAAAGACAAUCAGAGCACUUUAGAGCAAAUGGUGGAUCAAUGUGCAAGGGGUUUGGAACAGCUGGAUGAACGUGUCUUGGAUAGUCUGAGAGCUGAAGUGCAAAGUGCUCUUGAAGCAGCUACGAAAGUGGACAUGAAGGAAAUAAAGGGACUUGAAGAACGUUUAUAUGGCUUAGAACAGCUUAUGUUUGAAAGCAAGCGGAUAGUUCAGGAACAAUCUGAUCUUGCAAUGGCCUUCCAGUCCAAUCAAAAUCGUGCCAAUAACCUUGGAGAUGCAUCUAUUCUUCCUGAUUUGUGUGCAUCCCACCGUAGGCAAUUACAUGUAAUGUCUCAGAACCAUACCAGAUUAAGGGACAUACGAAAACGUUGCAAUAGAGCUAAAGAAGAACUUUCUGUUAACCUGUAUCACAGGUUGAGAUGGAUCAUGUAUGUGGAGAACCGCAUGUGUGAUGUUGCAAGCAAAUUAAUGAUUUAUCAUGAGAACUUGAAGAGGCUAAAAAGACAUUUAGAAGUAGUUCGUCAAAUACAAAUGGCUCCCGAAAUGUAUGUGUGUGCUGUUGGUGAAGUUGUGCGAAGGCGCACUUUCUCCCAAGCAUUUCUUGCCUGGGCCGGAGAGUUAGCUUCACAAUUACAAGCUGUACAUUCUGAAGAGUCAUCAAGACGCAGAGAUUUUCAGUCAAAGUUUGAAGGACAUUUUUUAAAUACUUUGUUCCCUGGUAUGGAAGAUUGUCCUCCUCCUUUUGCCACUCAGGCUCCUACUCCUUUUGACUCCAUGUUACCCAAGUUGAGCAGGGAGGAUGUAGAUAAGUUGAAGAUUGACGUUCCAAAUUUAGCAAUGUCUUUGACUGUUCCUGAACCCAGUCAACUAGCCAAUCUUUUCCUCAAGUCUGUCCUCAGAACACAAAAUUCGCUGGAAAAAGAAAAUGCCGCUAUUGAGAAGCGUUUGGUUACUGCUGUAUCAAAGGCGAAUUUAGAGGAUGCAGUUUCCACUGCGCAAGGUGGCAUUGAAACUGAAACUUCUCGAGCUCCUGGAGAAAGUCCUAAAUCUUUACCUUUAAAAGAUGAUAGGGACUCUGAAACUGAUACUGAGGAGUUUGAGAAAGUUGGUCAGAGUCCAGACAGUGAACGUACAGCUGGAACUGCUGCUACAACAUGUGAGGAUAAUUUGGGAAAUGCUCAACUUCAAGUAGAAAGAGCAAAGGCUCAGUUAAUCUCGGUAGAGAAGGUUGCUCUUGCCGCCACUGAAAGCUUAAGAGUAGAACUGGGGCAGAUAAAAGGUCAAGUUGCUGUUGAAAGAGAUGACUUUUUAAAACUACUGGAUACAUUCAGAGUUGCAUGGGAACAGCUGCUUGCUGCUGGACAUGUUGCUCAGUCUGCAGCCAACAAUUUGGACUUAAAAGUUGAACUGGAGAGGGAGAGAAGAGCUUUGUCAGCAAAAGAUGAAAUAAUUAGAACCCUCACACAGUCUGUUGAGGAGCGUACUGCCACUGUUGAACAGCUGGAAGCAUCACUGCGUCAGCGAUUGAAGGCUGAAGAGGAGCAAAGGGCGCAAGCUGAACAGCUGCAAUGGUUUGAAGAAACAAAAAGUAGUGUAAGCAAUCCGGAUCAACAGCGAUGUGCAGAACUUGAGCGUCGUUUGUUGGAAUUGGAAAAGGAUAGAGCUCAUUAUGAAGAUUUACAGACCCGCCUAGACAGUAUUAGUAAAGACACUGUUGAUGACUUGAAUCGAGCCUUAGAGGAGCAGAAAGCAGCACUGGAGAACUUACAUCAACAGAGAAUGAAGCAGCUUCAGGACGAAUAUGAUGUUGAAAAGUCUAGAGCCCUGAAAGAGUUAUCAGAUCAGUUAUCUAGAGAUCACCAUUCACAAUUGGAGGGUCUACGAUCACGAUUCCGUCUCAUGGCUUGCACUUCAGAACGGUCUACUAGUGAUAGUGGUCAAGAGAAGGCUGAGCAGAUUGUUAGAAACACAAAACCUGAAGUAGACUUAGAAACUUUGGUGAGAGAAAAAGAAGCAGCAAUUCAGGCAGCUGUACAAGAAACAGAAAAGAGAAUGCAAAGUGAAUGGGAAUCAAAAUUACAACAGGAGCUAAGAAAUGUUAGGCUCAAAAUGGAGGCUGAAAAACAGGUGUGGUUCAAUGAAGCUUUGCGAAGAGUGAGUGGAGACAGAGAGCGUCAACUCCAAGCUCUUUGGGCUAGAGAGGCCACUUUGAAAGAAGAAUGCCAAAAGCAUAGAGAGACAAUCCGUAGAAUAACAGAAGAUGCUAGUACUUCCUCAGGGAAUCCUGAGAGCAAUGGAGCACUCUGGCAGCAUCAGGCCAGAAUAAGUCAGUUAGAAGCUGAGUUAGCUCUGGCAAGAAAUCAAAUUAGUGCAAUGGGAACCUCAGUUGCUGUUGUUGCUUCGGAGAAUGUUACAAGCCGUGACGCUGCUACCAGUCCUGAGCCUCUCAGUCUAAAGAAAAAUUUAACUUGUAGCGCCAACAAUUUGUUGCAGCAAGGGAAAAUUAGUAUUUUAACGUGUGUGCCUGGUGAUAUUGUGCUAGUUGUGUGGAAUGACACUCACCAGAAUUAUGUCAUUUUACAAGAGUCAAGUACACUCUUUUUUGUGAACUCUGAUUCACUUGAAUCACUGGGGCUCUCUCUCCAAGCAGAGAGUGGGAAACGAAAACCCUACAGCACAGCUGAAGUAGUUGAAAAAGAAUAUUGCCAUGCCAGAAAGUCUGAAAAUCGUUAUCACGUCCCAAAGGGUACAAAGUUUUAUCGAGUUAAAGUCCGCUCACUGCAUGAGGAUAGUCUCAUGAUGAAAAGCAGUUACCGUCCUAAAGCUCAACAACAGUUACAACAGCAUGCUCAACCACAAGCUGAAGAGUUAAAGAAAGUAGAGAUCAGCUUUGCAAAUGAGUCUGAAGCUGUUUCACUGCCAUGUGCUGCAUCCGGUCCUCUUAGUGGUAGCAGUGCAAGUAGUUUGCCAGAAAUGGGGGUUACUGAUGCAUCACAAUGACAUGUGAUUAUGAAAUUACAGCUAUUCCCUCCCUCUGAAGAUACAUCAUCCUACCUCAUAUGUCAUAAGGGAACUAAGCUUUUGUUGAUGGUUGGUUUGGGAAACUUUUUAGAAUUGGAUGGAAUUAAUGAAUAUGGCUGUGAAGAGGUGAAACGAUUGUUAGAGAAUUUACAGAUGUGACUUUGUGAUACUUUUCUGGGAAUCAUUCAGCUUCUUUCCUAUGAAUUGUGUUAUUAAAAUUGUUAAAAUAGCAAGGUGAGGUGAUGUGAUUAUGAAAAUGUAUUUAGUUGAAUUUAAUAUUACAUAUCUAGAUUUCAUAGUUUUGACUCCACUUUUUAUUUAAGAUGAGUAAAAAUUUAUCUAAGAUACUUUUUAAAGAAAUAAAAAAAUUCUGUUCUCAAUCUCUGACUUCAAAAGACUUAAGUGUCACUUUUUAUUAUGUAAGGCAGCCAACAUGGCAUUUAUUUUGACUCCCGGAUCAAUAUUUGUUGAAAGUAAUCAUGUGGUGCCAUUCUAAUAAAGCUGUUGGCUUAGCAGACUUUGUGUUUGAAUUUAUUUUCAUCUAUGACGAACAUAUAGUCUUUAGUUUCCUCUCAUUAUUAUAAUAUUCAUAGCUAUUUAACAUGCACCUUCUUCAAAUCUGAUUAACACUGUUUUUUCCUUACUCCAUUAUUAUCACUAAAAAAAAUAAAAAAAUAACCAAGCUACUGGUAGUAACCAAUUAAUUUAUGGCUUUGUGAAUAUGUUGUGAAUCAAAGGAAACUGGAUGUAAGGGGAUUAGAGAAUGCCAGACUGGCUUUCAAUCAAAUUAACCAUAUUAGGAUAGUUUUAUAUCUUGUAUAAAAUAUUUUAUAUACAUAAUGUAUAGCGUAGCUCUAGCUUGAUACUAGACUUCUCUCCCUUUCAUUCUCUUGAUCUUAGAGUGGCGUGGGAUACUUUUGUGAAAGUUAAAUUUGUUGCCAACAGACUUAAUUAGCAUUGCCUUGAUUUGGCCAGUGAAUUUAGAAGUUAUGUCCAAAGCAUUGAAAGUAUGGUAUGUAAUUAUGUUUUCCACUAGCUAAAUAUCAAAUUUUGUUUUGAUUUGUUUUCUAGUAGUUUCACAGUAGGUAAAAAUAUUUAACUUAAAAUAUGAAAUGUAAUCAAACUGAGGCUGUGUAUUAGUUUGUAAUGACAUGUUUGGCAUAAAGUUUUGCCAGGCUGGGAGAGUGCAUGGUUUAAGUAAGUGACAUGCCUCUUCAUAUUGGUUGUAUGUGUUUCUAUAAGCAACUCUGUCUAUUUCCACACAAUCUCAACAAAUAUUAAUAGUUUCAUUUUCAAAAGAAAUGUCCUGUUAGCAAGCAGUUUUUACUCAAGUUGAUGGAUGUCAACAUUCUGUUAGUAAACUAUGACACCAAAAUAAUUUUUCAAUUUUUUUUUCUGUUUUGUAUAUGGUUGACUAAUUUUUAUUUUUUGGGGAAGACUUGAUUCACCGACAUGCUGUGAAAUAUAAAAUGAAAGCUACUGCCAA